UAGUCCAUCAUAGACUCAUAUCCUCAGACAAAGCAAGCAUGGAUGAGCUUGAUCUUCUGUUGGAGGAGCUGGUCCUAAAUCCAACCGGAUAUGAAACAGGCCUGCAGACCAGCAGGACAGGAAGUGAUGACACAGCCGCCCACAGUUAUGACCAGCAGAUGAUUUCACUGAGAGGAAAGGGGUCAGGCAGCACUAAUGUGUACAGCAAGCUGCCAGCUCCGGUGGAGGCCUGCCCUCUGAGCCCAGCCUCGGCUACCAGGGAGCUGGACUCCAUCAUGCAGGACCUCCUGGGCCUUGGUCAGGAGCUUUCAGGAAGCAACUGUCCAGAGACUCCGCCCCCGCUCACCCAAAAAAAGAGCGUGAAAAAGACCGACCAAGGGAAAGAUGGAGGAGGGGAUGAGAAGAGCUCCAGUCUGACCACAACGUCUCCAGGCAGAAAGGUAGACGCCAUCGAUAACCUCCUGGGGGACCUGAACUCGGACAUGGAGAAGAUGGGCGUCCACACGACCGCCAAGGGUCACUGUGCCUCCUGUGGCAAGAGCAUUGUGGGAAAGAUGAUCUCGGCGCUGGGAGAGGCGUGGCACCCAGAGCACUUUGUGUGCGUAGUGUGUAAGACGGAGCUGUCUGGCUUCUUUGAGAGGGACGGCAAGGCCUACUGCGAACACGACUACCAUCAACUCUUCUCCCCUCGCUGUGCCUACUGCAAGGGGCCCAUUCUGCAGAACAUCCUGACUGCCAUGGACUGUUCCUGGCACCCCGAGCACUUCUUCUGUGCCCACUGUGGAGACGUGUUUGGUCCAGAAGGCUACCAGGAGAAAGAUGGGAAACCGUACUGCAACAAAGAUUUCUACGAUCUCUUUUCCCCUAAGUGCUCAGGUUGUGGGAAGCCAGUGAGGGAUAACUACCUGACUGCUGCCAACGGCACUUGGCACCCAGACUGCUUUGUCUGUGCUGACUGCCUCCAGCCCUUUAGGGACGGCUGUUUCCUGGAGAUGGACGGGCGCCCCCUGUGCUCUCUCCACUACCACUCCCGCCAGGGCACCCUGUGCGGGGGGUGCGAGAAGCCCAUUGCGGGCCGCUGCAUCUCCGCCAUGGGGCACAAGUUCCACCCCGAGCACUUUGUCUGUGCGUUCUGCCUCCGCCAGCUCAACCAGGGGGUGUUCAAGGAGCAGGAUGGGAAGCCGUACUGCAAUAUGUGCCACACCAAACUGUUCGUCUGAACGGUUUGGGGAAAUAUAAUCGUGAAUGUGCGCGAUCGGUCUUAGUCAACCAGCUCUCAACUGUCUUUUUGUCUGCCUUUGCUGUGAGGAAAUUGUGAGAAUGUGUGUUUAUUUACAUGAUGGGAAUCGUAUUUUGUUUGUGAUGUUAGAAAGGUAGAUAUAACAAAAAUAGAUGGGAUUGAACGUACUUUGCUUAACUUUAUUAUGAGACAUAUCAAGCAGCAAAAACAAUCAUCAGCAUAAUGUCGCAACAUACAUCACAUGAUCAAAUAAAAACCAGUCAUGUGACCAUCGCAAUGUU